AUGAUUGCCAUCAUUCUAUUGCUUAAUAUUGUAGCUUCUGAGGACCCAGCAGCAUGUCCAAAGUACAAAUGCAAGACCAAGGACAUUAAGUUUCCUGACGCCAGCGUCUGUAUGCUCUAUAACUCUAACGACACUACAUAUUACGUCAGCUCAUGUGACCAUGGGUAUUAUUGUGCAGCUCUUCUAGAAGAAAAAAGCGCCAGCUGCACGAAGCCACUGCCUCCAUCUCCUAAUACAAAAUUACCUGGGGAAAGCUGCUUUUAUGCAGAAGACUGCUAUUUAAAUAGCACCUGCAUUUCUGGGUAUUGCAAAGGAGUCCAAGAAAGCAAUUACUGCUAUAGCCACGAAGACUGUGAUGUAGGGCUCAGGUGUAAUGAAAAUAAAUGCAAAACACAAAUUCCAGCUGAAAGCAAAGGCUGCAUUGAUGACUCAGACUGUGUUAAUAAUGCUGGCUGUGAUAUCCAAGACUUAACUGAUCCGUCAGUCAAUAUCUGCAAGAAUUAUUUCACAAUUGAAAAUUAUCAGUCAGUUAACCUGAAUUGCACAACUGACGGACAAAUAAAUUACAUGUGCGAUUCUGGAUUUUGUAUCCAGCAAACUGAGAAUUCAAUUCCUCAAUGCUACCCAGCCCCAAAGUCAAGCAAAAAAAUUCCAACUCUUUGUGCAUCCCAUAAUGAUUGCAUAUCUAAAACAGACGGGGAGUUAAAUUUGAAUUUUACUAGUGAAUGUCUCUGUGGGCUUAAUCAAAAAGGAAAUAGAUAUUGUGACGUUUUCCCUGGGGACAGCCCUUAUGUCAAUUAUGCAAAAAUAAUCCAGUCGUGGGUGAAGAGUAAGGCUAUAUUAAAAUGCAAUACAUAUGCAAGGUUCAGUGUAAACUGUAUGGAAACUUGGUGGGAUAAAAAGAAAAUGGAUGAGCUUAUAUAUUAUGAUUAUUAUGUAGACGUCUAUUCUUUGAUUCAUGAAGCGGAGGAUUGCGUGGUUGAGGCUUAUUUUUCAAGCUAUUGGGAAGCUAAAAAGGCGUAUGAUAAGGAAAGCUUGGCUAGUGUUUUAGGGGUUACAGCAUGGAUGCUUUAUGCAAUAGAUUUUUAA